UCGGCUUUACGCCACCUCGCACUUUUUCAGUCCCCUCCUCACUCAUUCUCUAGCUUCUGCCUCUCUCUCUAAAACCCCUCUCUCUCUCUCUCUAGAAAAUUCACUGACAGUUUUUUUCCAUCACCGCUCGUUGAUCGUGAUGAUGAUGAGGUUGAAGUAGAAUGCAUAUUCUCAUUUUGUGGUAAUUCAAUGGAUUAAGUAGUGUUCUGGUGCAGUUUUUGUGAAAUUUAUUGAUUACGAGACAUUUCCUCGAUGGGGGGAGCUUGUUCUAGGAAGAGUGACCAACGCGACAAUGAAGAAAUUUUGCACAGAGGGGUAUCUAGAAAGUAUUGUAAAAGUGGGAGUUCAAAGUGGUUGGCAACCUCAUUUUCUAGACCUGCUAUAGAUAUUCAGCUAGGAAGAGGGAACUGCCCACCACUUAUGGACUUGUGCAUACGUAAAAUAUGUGAGGACAUUGAUAGAUAUAACACUUUUUCUACGCUCCCAAGGGAUAUUAGCCAGCAGAUCUUUAAUGAAUUGGUAUAUUCCCAACGUCUAACUGAUGUUUCUCUCAAAGCCUUCCGAGAUUGUGCUAUCCAGGAUCUUUACUUGGGAGAAUACCCUGGGGUGAAUGAUAGUUGGAUGGAUGUAAUCUCUUCACAGGGGCCAUCUUUACUUUCUGUUGAUCUAUCGGGCUCUGAAGUUACUGAUACAGGACUGCUUCAUCUCAAAGAUUGCACAAAUCUUCUAGCCUUAAAUUUUGAUUAUUGUGACCAAAUUUCUGACCGUGGGCUGGAACUAAUAAGUGGUCUCUCAGACUUGACAAGUUUGAGUUUUAGAAGAAACAAUGCAAUUACUGCUAAGGGAAUGAAUGCCUUUACCAAUUUAGUUAACUUGGUUAAGUUGGACUUGGAGAGAUGUCCUGAGAUUCAUGGUGGGCUAAUUAAUCUUAAAGGUUUAUCAAAAUUGGAGUCUCUCAAUCUCAAGUGCUGUAAUUGCAUUACGGAUGAUGACAUGAUGCCUCUCUCUGGGCUUACAAACUUGAAGGCUUUACAGAUUUCAUGCAGCAAGGUUACAAAUGUUGGCAUUACUUUCUUGAAAGGGCUGCCCAAACUCUCUCUGUUGAACUUGGAGGGAUGCCGAGUUACUGCUGCAUGCUUGGACUCUCUUUCAGCUCUUGCUGCCUUGUUAUAUUUGAAUCUUAACAGAUGUAAGCUGCCUGAUGAUGGAUGCGAGAACCUUUCCAGAUUUAGGAACUUAAAAGUAUUAAAUUUAGGGUUCAAUGAUAUCACAGAUGCAUGCUUGGUGCACUUGAAAGGUCUUACAAAUUUGGAAAGCUUGAACUUGGACUCAUGUAGGAUUGGUGAUGAAGGGCUGGUUAACUUGACAGGCCUUCGGCAUCUCAAAUGCUUGGAAUUGUCUGAUACUGAAGUUGGAAGUAGUGGACUUCGCCAUCUAUCUGGUUUGGCUAACCUGGAGAGUUUAAAUUUAUCAUUCACUGCUGUUGAUGAUGGUGGGUUAAGAAAAUUGUCUGGACUCUCAUCUCUUAAAUCACUCAAUUUGGAUGUUCGCCAAAUUUCAGAUGCUGGACUUGCAGCUCUUACUAGUUUGACUGGGUUAACUCAUCUUGAUCUUUUUGGAGCUCGUAUUACAGACGGUGGAACAAACCAUCUGCGAAACUUUAAAAACCUGAGGUCCCUAGAAAUAUGUGGUGGAGGACUGACUGAUACAGGUGUCAAGAAUAUCAAGAAUCUUUCAUACCUGAGGCUGCUAAAUCUAUCACAAAACUCCAACCUGACAGAUAAAACCUUGGAGUUGAUUUCUGGCUUGACAGAAUUGGUCUCUUUAAAUGUUUCAAAUUCUCGUAUCACUAGUGUGGGACUGCGUCAUUUGAAGACACUGAAGAAUAUGAAAUCGCUGACAUUGGAGGGCUGUAAGGUGACAGCAAAUGAUAUAAAGAGGCUUCAGUCAACUGAUCUCCCCAAUCUGGUAAGCUUCCGUCCUGAGUAGUUAUGGAGGCGUCAUAAAAGAUCUCCGUAAAAAGCCACUGUUGGUGUAGUGGGGGAACUAUGUAUAAAAUAACAUUUAAGGUGACGAGAGGUUUGUUGUAUUGUACAUAUGGUUAGACCUGAGGGGGAAAUGUAUUGUGGCUCAGGAAGUACAAAUUCUAAGAAUAUCCCAAUGCUAUAUGUGAAGCUUUCUUUUGGAUCAUUUAUGGUACAGAAGAAAAAUGUAGAUAAGCUUCCUUGGCAAGGGUCUGAUGAUGCUCUUUUCCAGCUGUUUCGUUUGUAUAUAAAUGCUGGUGUAAGUUUUUUGUGAACAUUUUGAAUUGAUGCCUUUGGUGGCUUGAUUGAAUGCUUUCUUAUAAUAUAUGUAAAUUACCAAGUUUUACGAGAA